UAUACAAUAUCUAAUACUUAGUGUAUGUACCCACGGCCAUACUCUCUAAACUUCUCAAAUUUGAACAUAAAUUACCCACAAAAACUUCCCCAUUUCCUCCCAUCUUGAAUAUUUAAAACUGCCAUUUUCUUCCGCCAUUGAUAGAGAGAAGAAUAUGGGUGAUUCAAAGGAAGGUUCAGUUGAAAAAGAGAGUGUUGAUUUCAAUGAUUAUGUUGUUAUUAAAGAAGGGGAAGCUGAGAUUAUUAUGCAUCGUAAUAAUGAAGUGUUUUUCAAUAAAGCCCAGGUUAACAAUAGGGAUAUGUCCAUUGCUGUCCUAAGAACAUUUAUAAACAAACGUCAAGAAGAACAUGAAGCAUUUUUGUCAAAGAAAGCCAAAGUUAACAAAUUUGAAGGUAAAUCUGAUGCAGUUGCUUCUGAGAAUGUGCUAGUACGUGUUGAACCCGAAACAACCAAUGGGGUUCAUGAUGGUGAUGCACAUGAAUUAAAGCCAGAGGAUGCAUCUUGUAGCACUAUAGUUGAACCAAGCAAUAACGUAGGAGGGAAAGCUCAUCGAGAACUAAAGCCCCCUAGAGUUCUUGAGGCUUUGUCUGCGUCUGGUUUAAGAGCUCUGAGAUAUGCCCGUGAAAUUGAGGGAAUAGGUCAGGUCAUUGCAUUGGACAAUGAUAAAGCUUGUGUUGAAGCAUGCCGCAGAAACAUAAAAUUUAACGGUUCAGUGGCAUGUUCAAAGGUGGAAUCUGACCUAGCAGAUGCUCGGGUUUAUAUGCUUACUCAUCCCAAAGAAUUUGAUGUGGUUGAUCUUGAUCCAUAUGGUACUCCGUCUAUCUUUUUAGACUCAGCUGUCCAGUCUGUUGUUGAUGGUGGUAUGCUUAUGUGCACAGCCACAGAUAUGGCAGUAUUGUGUGGUGGUAAUGCAGAGGUUUGCUAUUCAAAAUAUGGUUCAAUUCCAUUGAGAGCUAAAUAUUGUCAUGAAAUGGCGUUGAGGAUUUUACUUGCUAGCAUCGAGAGCCAUGCUAAUCGGUAUAAACGCUACAUUGUUCCUGUACUAUCUGUACGAAUUGAUUUCUACAUUCGGGUUUUUGUUCGCAUAUACAGUUCUGCUAGUGUCAUGAAGGAGACUCCUCUCAAACUAUCAUACGUUUACCAGUGUGUCGGGUGUGAUUCUUUCCAUCUACAGCCUUUGGGGAGAACUAUAUCCAAGAAUAACAAUGUGAAAUAUUAUCCUGGCUAUGGUCCUGUUGUCCCACAAGAAUGUACUGAUUGUGGUAAGAAAUUUAACAUGGGUGGGCCUAUUUGGUCUGCUCCUAUACAUGAUCAAGAGUGGGUGACUUCAAUUCUAUCAGAUGUGAAGUCUAUGAAGGACCGUUAUCCUGCAUAUGAUCGCAUUGUUGCACUGCUGACAACCAUUUCCGAGGAGCUUCCUGACGUUCCAUUAUUUUUGUGCUUGCAUAACCUUUGUGGAACACUGAAAUGCACAUCUCCGUCGGCUGUAAUAUUUAGAUCAGCCGUACUGAAUGCCGGGUAUCGCAUAUCUGGAACACAUGCAAGUCCUCUCGGUUUGAAAACCGAUGCUCCCAUGAGUGUAGUUUGGGACAUCAUGCGCUGUUGGGUGAAAAAUCAUCCGGUUAAACCUCAGCCAGCUGAUCAAUCUGGAACCGUUAUACUCUCCAAGGAACCGGAACUUCAGGCUAAUUUUACCAGAGCAGUCGCCUCUCUUAGCAAAGCACAGGCGAAGAAAAUUGCUCGUUUUCUUCCAAACCCAGAAAGACAUUGGGGACCAAAGGUUCGUGCAGGCCGCCAGAUAACCAGCAAACACGUAUCACUUUUGGGUGCGGAGGCCAUUAAUGGUUCUGCAAAUCACGAAGGUGAAGAGCCUGAUGCUAAGCGUAAAAAAGUCGACAAUAAUGCCUCUGAUUCAUGAGCAUAACCUUCUUAAUUAUGUUUGUUUAAGUACCAGAUUAUGAAGCCAUCCUGUGUUGGGACAUUAGAUUUUCUUUUUGGCUUUGCAUGUUGUGCCAUUUUUGAGAUUUGUCUAUGUUCUGCAUUUGGAAUUUUGUGUCCUAUUAAUAUACUUCAUCUAGGCAAUUUUGUGUAUUAAUUAUAUGAUAAUUUAAUUGGAAAUUUUGCAAGAUUUGUUUUUA